CGCCAUCAAAGAAAAUGCAUAUCAUUAUCACCACAACCACCAAAACGCAACUCAACAAAACUUUCCAAACACUUUAGUUAUCCAAAUCAAUUCAGAGAAUCCAUGAUCGCCCUUGAAUCUCGCUCCAUUAAUUUCUAAAAAAUCUUCCCCUCUCUCUCUCCUGCAAAUCCAUCGAUGGGGUCUCUCAGUCUCUCAGCUUCUCUGUCCAGUCUUUCUCGGUCACUCUCCCGAAGAAUAACACUGGCUUGUUAAGUUAUACAAGGAUUGUUGGAGAUUCAUGAGAGAAGGAGGUGGUUCUGGUGGUGAAUUUGGGGGGCUUUGACUGGAGGGAGAGGAAAUGAUAUCUUCGGGGCUUAAUUUGGUGAUGACGGUUAUUGGAUUCGCAGUGAGCACUAUGUUCAUAGUUUUCGUCUGCACGCGACUUGUUUGUGCUCGGAUUCAGUUGAACGCAACGAGGCGUUCCUUUCCCAUCGCCGUCAGAUCUGAUCUUAGCAUUUUGGAACGGGGGUUAAAUGGACUUGAGCCAGUAGUUUAUGCCAACUUCCCUACGAAGAAGUACAGUGAUUCUUUUUUCUCCAGUACAGAAGACACUCAAUGUACUGUCUGCCUAGCAGAAUACCAGAGUGAAGAUCUAUUGCGUAUUCUUCCCUAUUGUGGGCACUUCUUUCACGUAAACUGCAUAGACAUAUGGCUGCAACAGCAUUCCACAUGUCCUGUAUGUCGAAUAUCAUUACGUGAAUUUUCAGAUAGAAAACGUGGUAUGCAACCAAUGUACAGUUCAACUGUUCGUUCUCAGCUUGCCUCAGAGUCCUAUGAUACUCGUUCUCAUCAUCGUUUGUUGAAUAGACGUGAGUUUCCAUCCAGCACCCAUGACAACCAUGGGAUGGACUCCAAUCAGGAAGAUCAUUUUGUGUCUGGGGGUGAUGGAGCAGAAGCAGGGGAAAUUGUAUCCCCAAUAACAGAAGGUGAUCAGAUCACGAAGGACUCGAGAACGAAGCACGCAGAGAGCCCAUCUAAUUCUUAAAUGUGGCAGAGUUUCUUAAUUUAGACCUCUGCUGUGUUAGGCAUUGGAAAUGGGAAAAAGGAACUACUUCAAAACAGAGUUCGACUAGAAGUACCCUCGCAGAAUUCCACCAUUUGCUUGUAGCUCACUGUACGUAUUGCAGAAAUCAUUUGUAUUUUCAUCCCUCAAAAGUGGCUGGUCUUUGGACAGUUUUGUUAGCUUCAUUUGUAAAACUAGAUGGGUAGAAAAAGCUCUACUAGUAUUGGAUGAUAUAGUACUUCUUGUAUUCAAAUCUGUUGCAUCUUCCUGAGUGUGCAUAACACGAGGUAUGAUAUUUGCCGUCCGUUGUUCUUUAUAAAGUUUCUUUGGUUGGACCAA